AUGAGCUCCCCCUCGUUCGCCAUGCCCCACAACCUUAUACCCUCCAGCAAGUACCACGAAAUUAGAGCCCAAAAUGAAGAAAAGGCAAAACUGAGCAACCGAGAUGUAUACGAAUACCGCAGCAGCAAGGUGAACCCGAUGUACGCCACCUCCACCACGUUUAAGUCGCACCCACCAAUUUACACAGAGAAGGUUACCUACAAUCCGAGCGUAGUUAACCCUAGUUUGGCGAUUCCCAAUUAUGGUGCACAUGGAGGAAGUGCUCGAAAGGUCAGCUGCAUGAAUUCAUUCCCCUGUUUAAACGGGCACACAAGGGGGUGCAUUGAAAUGAACAAUGGGACUACAAAUGGGACGCAGAACAGCGGCAUCUUUACGCACCCAAGUGUUAGUAGCUACACGACUGGGUAUAACGCUGCCCCGGCAAACAAACGGUUCGUCAAAAAGGUGAGCAAAGUGCCGUGCCUGUUCAGUACCAAGCAGGCAUUCACGCAAGACAGUUGCGAGAAAGUUUACGGUGAUUUGUCUGGAAUUCCCUUCCACUUUGACUCCCCUGUGCAUGGGAGCAAGGGGUACGUACAACUAAACAGGCACGACGACAUACCAAUCUACAACAUUAAUGAAAAGAAAAAAAACCAAGAUGUAGAAGUGAUGGCAAAAAUGAACCCCGUGGAACCUUUCAAAAAGAGAAUAACAAAGGAAAAACUACCUGAACCGUUCAUAAAAAAUAAAAUGAAUGAACUGAUAAAAGAAAAGGAUGAACAAAUAAAGGAACUGGAAAAAGAGAUCCAAAAUGAAAAGAGAAAAAGCGAAAUGGUAAAAGCAGACGGUGUGGAAAACGACAAGGAGUACUCCAAUGUAGAGAACAGACACCUAAAGGAAAAACUGUUGGACCAAAAAAUAAAAUAUGAAGAAACGCUGAAACAUUUGAAAAAAGUAGAAACCGAGAGGAGGUCCCUAAAAUCAAGUUUAAACGUGCGAGAUAAGGUCCUGACGAAACUGGAAAAUGAAAUCGGCUCUGUGGAUAACGAAAACGAUUUCUUGCUCCGCUUGAAGGAAAACACAAGUCUCAGUGAUGUACAUAACCUUUUCAAAUUUCUGCAAAGCAGAGGGGGAGAAGCGGAAGAGGAGAGGCGGAACCACAAAUAUGCAGGGCCAAAUAACGAAAAGGGGAAGGGACUACACAAAGCGAACGAAAGGAAUGACCGAGUCGAUCCGUUUGAGAGAAGCGACACGUAUGGUGUUAACGAAACAGGGGAGGGAAAACAUAAGGAGGAUGAAUUUAGCUGGUAUAAGACCAAAAGCACAUGUGAGGAGGGCCUCCUGCCACUGGACGACGAUGCAUCAAAUGAGAAUAGAAGUGUAUAUAAAAAGGGGAAAAAAGUGCCUAAGUUUUCCCAACCCAGUUUCGAUAACAACGAUAUGUAUGCGCUCAAAUCUACCAUUGUCGAGUUAGAAAAGGAAGUGUAUGAACUGAAAGAAGAAAACAAAAAUGUAAAUUUUAAAUACGAAAACACCUUCCAAGCGUUAAGCGAAUUGAGGAAAGACACCCUGGAGUACAUGGAAUCAAUCGUUUCGCGAGACAUGCGCAUAGCAUAUAUGGAGAGCAUGCUACAGAAAAGCGAAAAAGAUCUAGCCAAAUUGAAAGAACACCUAAAAAAACAGCAACUGCUUUACAGAGAAAAGAUAGACAAAGGCACAUCAGAAAUAACCAUUUUGGAAAAGCAAUCCUCUCACCUACAAUCAAUGAUAAAAGAAAAAGAUUCAGAAAUUGUCUUGUUGAAAAAUGAAAUCAUUCGAAACGAAAUGCUCGUCAAACAGUACGAAGAAAGAAAUAAAGAAUUGCAAAAUGAACUUCGCCUAAUGUGCAACAAUUUAGAAAACGUAAUUGACGCAUCGAAUAAGAAGGACCUCUUCAUGGUGGAAAUGGAAAAACAAAUUAGAGAAAAUGAAGUGCAUAGACAAAAUGCCUACCUUAAGGAAGUGGCCAAAAAUAGGAAAGACCACGCAAAUAUGAAGUUCAAAGAAAUGAUGUAUGAUAAGUCGGUCAAACACCAGGUGGAUGAGCUCCACAGCUUGAAGAAGGAACUCUACCUGAACAAAAUACAAAUGCAGAAGGCUAGGGAUGCAUUCGAAGUUUUGAAGAAGGUACCCAAGGCAGAGUCGCUAUGUAAAGGCAAGCAAAACUUCAGCCAAGACGACACCAACACGGUUCACAAUUUUUCGGGAGAUAAAAACGACCCGGACGGGGGCAACACCACCUUCGAGGCCAAGGUCUCCUCCGAGGCGGGGCCAGCCUACAAGGCGAAGCCCUCCGUGGUGAAGAAGAAGAAGCGGGUCCCCAAGGCGGGUGCAGCGGCGGGGGUAGCAGCGGGGGUAGCGUCGAGUGCGUCGGCAACUGCGUCAGCAACUGCGUCAGCUAGCAUCCAGGAAAGUGCCCAGGGGGCCAUUCAAGCAAGCGCUCAGGCAGUAGCAUAG